GUUUGCCUGGUUUUAAGAAAUAUAAAAAUCAAAAUAAAAUUUAAUUUGGUUAUCUUUAGCUAGUACUUUCAAGUUCUUCUCAUGGGUAAGCGAAAGUCGGACUGCUCGGCUCCACCAAAGUGUGGGCCGUGUCUGUCCUGUCCGCCCUGUCCUGGUUGUCCGCCCUGUUCGAGCUGUCCGCCUUGCGCGCCUUGCGACGCAUGUGAUCCUUGUCCACGCUGCGCGCCAGAUUGCUGUGAUCCAAGCAUUUGCUACGCCAUCUUUGAUUUAGAGAGCACAGUUUUCGACACCCGCCAUAUAUACCAACGUGCUUGCCGCGAGGUGGUCGCCAGCUACAAUCGCACUCUCUCCGAUGAGGUGCUCAUUCAGUGCGGGCCCAUGGAGACAGCCGAGAUGGCUGAGCUUAUCUGUCGCAAAUGUAAGCUGCCCGUGCCCUGGGAGAUGUUUCUCGUGUUGGUCAACGAGCACACCUUUCACAUGAUUGCAAAUCCGCCGCUUAUGGCCGGCGUGGAGCGGCUUGUGGCACAUUUGAAAUAUUGCAACAUUGGCUUGGGCUUGGUCAGCUCUUGCAAAAAAGCGCAGCUUUGUCAGAAAAUCCAGGGACGCGAUGCGCUAUUUAAUCAGUUCGAUCACAUUAUCUGCGCUGACGAUCCACUAAUCAAUCAGCCCAAGCCAAGUCCGGACAUCUACCUCAUGGCAAUGAAGCGCUUCUGCUGUAAUCCUUGCGCAGACUGCUUUCUAGUUUUCGAGGGUACUACGAAGGGCGUGCAAGCCGCCCAUGAUGCACAUAUGGAGGUUGUCAUGGUUUCUGAGUCAAGCUUGCCCUGCUGCUGGUCUGAGCAGGCGGCGGCCCGCUUUGAGACACUCUUGGACUUCCAUCCAGAGGUGUAUGGCCUGCCUCCUUUGCCAGCAAACGAGCCGGAGCCCCCUGAUAGCAGCACUUAUUGACAAGUUUGAAAUGUUGCAAAUAAACUCACCAAGUCUACGAGUA